AUGGCCUCAUCAGUCUUUGACAUCAAGGAGCACGUCAUCCCCGGCGAGCAUACGCGCGAGUACGCGCGUGCCAAGGCCAAUUCGCAGGAAGAGACGCUGGUCAUCCACGUGAAGCAGUACACACCCAAAGGCAACGGCGCACCGCAGAAAGGUGAUCUGACCAUAAUCGGCGCGCACGCCAAUGGCUUCCCCAAGGAACUAUAUGAACCGCUGUGGGAAGAGUUGGUGAAGAAUCUGACCGCCAAAAGCGUCCGGGUUGGCUCGAUCUGGAUAGCCGACUGUGCUUGGCAGGGCCAGAGCGGUAUUCUGAACCAAGAUAAGCUUGGCGAUGACCCUUGCUGGUUCGACUACACCAGGGAUAUGCUCCAGAUGAUCAACCACUUCCGCAUGCCGCGCCCUCUCAUCGGCAUCGGCCACUCCUUCGGCGCCUGCGCCAUCACCAAGCUCUCGCUGUUCCACCCACGCCUCUUCAGCUCCCUCGUGCUCGUGGACCCCGUCAUCAGCCUGAGCCACCCGGACGGCGUCAGGUUCUACAUGCAGCCCCCGGCCAUGAGCGCCAAGCGCCGCGACGUCUGGCCGAGCCGCGACGCCGCCGCCGCCGCCUUCAGGAAGAGCCCGUUCUACCAGAGCUGGGACCCGCGCGUCUUUGACCGGUGGGUGGCGCACGGCCUGACGCAGCGCGACCCCGCCGCGCCCGAGGUCACCCUCGCCACCACCAAGCACCAGGAGGUCUUUACCUUUGCGCGCCCGAGCCACCACGCCCUCGCCGCCGACGGCAAGGGCGUCGCGGACCGCGACCUCGUGCCCGACAUGGACCUCGCCAACGGCGUCAUGGCGCCCAUCUACCGCCCCGAGCCCGGCGGCGUGUUCCAGGAGCUGCCGCAGCUGCGCCCCUGGGUGCUCUGGGUCUUUGGCGGCACCAGCUACAUGUCGCUGCCGGCGAUGCGCGAGGAAAAGGUGAGUGCGACGGGCACCGGCGUCGGUGGCAACGGCGGCGUCGCGGCGGGACGCGUCGCGCAGGUCGUCGGCGAGGACUGGGGCCACCUCAUCCCCCUCGAGGCGCCCGCGUUCGUCGCCAAGGCCGCGGCGGACAGUGCCGCAGACACUGUGAAGCGCUGGUGGGCAGAGGAGCGCGCGUACGAGGCGUGGACGAAGAAGCCGCUUACGGAAAAGUCGCAGAUUCGGCAGGAGACCGUCGACGCAAUGGCCAAGGUCCUCAAGCCCAAGAUGUGA